AUGCUCCCCAAGCACCUGGGUUCCGAGCACGACGACUACAUCCUCUACCCCGAGCCACCACAGGGAGUCUUCAGCUCAGCACCCCUGGAGAUGAGCAUCCCUGCGGACGCUUCUUACAUGUACCCAACCUCCAUGGCCAUGGACGCGCCCUCCCUCUACGAUAACAACUUCAUGUACCAGAGCCGCCCGUCGCCUGGUCUCUACGAGGACGCCGAGUUCCAAUUGCCCUCAUCCAACCUGUCCACCACCUCAGCUCCCUCGGCGGCCUCCUCCAACAUCGGCUCACCGCAAUCUCACCACGACCAGCCGGCGCCCAUCCACGACUGGGCGCAUCCCGGCAUCGCCGUAACCCCGGGCAUCGUGCCCCACGACUACUACAACACCGCGGGUACCGAGUACUCGACUUACGCCGGCCCAGGUAUGGAAGACUUUGCAUCUUUCGACUUUGCGAACACCAAGCCCCCGGGUUUCGUGGGUGAGUUGCCAAACGUCUCUAGAACCGCUUUCGCGGCCUCUUCACACGAGGCUUCUUUUUCUCCUUCCUCUCGCCAGUCUGUUGGCUCCUUUUCUACUGUGCGCGAGCCGGGGCUGGUGCUGGACACUCGGCUGUCCUCGUCGCCCGUGACGCCCGCCUCGCGCAAGUCCAGCCUGUCUUUCGUUUCUCCGAGUUCUGCUUCUCUCUCUUCGCCUCCGGCGCCUGUCUGGAGCGUCUCGCCACAGACUUCGCGUGUCUCUACUUUCUUUUCUCAGAGCAGCGGCCAUUUUAUCGCUCCUCUUGGUUCUUCCUGUUGGUUUUCCUCUGUCGAGCAUCAUCGUCCCCGACAAGAACUGCGCGCUGACCACCCCGCCACUGCAGACCCUUCUCUCAUCCACCCCGACAUUAGCCGGCCCAUGGCCAUGAACGCCUUCCACAACCCCAACCAGUAUCCCACAUCGCCAGCCCUCUCCGCAUCGUCCCAGUCCAUGAUCCGCAACGGCAGCCAAUCGCCGUUCCUCCACAGCGGCUUCCAGCAGCAACAGCAGUUCAGUCCCUACGCCACGCCCGCAGAUGCUCGCCGCCCCAGCCUGCACUCCUUCCCCUCGACGUACUCGGAUGGCAACAACUACAGCGGCGACGAGGGUAAGGAGAAGCAGAGAUGCCCUCACCCCGAGUGCGGCAAGACCUUCAAGGACCUGAAGGCGCACAUGCUCACUCACCAGAAUGAGCGUCCCGAGAAGUGCCCCAUUGUGACGUGCGACUACCACGUCAAGGGCUUCGCGCGCAAGUACGACAAGAACCGCCACACUCUGACGCACUACAAGGGCACCAUGGUCUGUGGCUUCUGCCCCGGCUCCGGCUCUGCGGCCGAGAAGUCGUUCAAUCGCGCCGAUGUCUUCAAGCGCCACCUGACGGCCGUCCACGGUGUCGAGCAGACACCGCCCAACAGCCGCAAGAAGAGCGCGGGCGCUAACAGCGGUAAGAAGCUCGCCGGCUACCCUCCGGAUGCCACCGGCAAGUGCUCGACGUGCUCGCAGACCUUCUCCAACGCUCAGGACUUUUACGAGCACUUGGACGACUGCGUGCUGCGCAUCGUGCAGCAGGAGGACCCCUCCGAAGCCAUCAACGCGAAGCGUCUGGCCGAGGUGGAGAACGACACGGAGGUGCACCAGACCCUUGAGAAGAACCACCUCCCCACGCAGACGCAGAUGCCGUCGAUGGAGGAGGAGGACGACGAGGACAUGGUCGAUGACGACGACGAAGAGGAUAGCAAGCUCCGCAUCAACUCGCCGACCAAGAGGAAGGGCAACCCCGUCAAUGGAGUGCAGAAGUCCCGUGGCCUCACGCACUCCCGGGGCGGCGGUCCGAUGCCUGUCAAGGCCAAGGGCCGCAAGAACCGUCGCGAUUACCCGUCGUCGUGGGGCUUCGACAAGGGCCAGAUGACGAUGAAGAAGCGCGUCAUGGCCGUGUUCGAGGGCCCCCGGCGACUGGCCAAGGACGACAUGAUGCUGUCGACGGACCACGAGGUGCGCAUCAAGCUGUCCGACGGCAACAACUACGUGACGGACUUGGACGUGCAGACGCUGAAGCGGGCCGAGGGCUUCCUCGGCGCGACGGAGGAGGAGAAGGGCCCGUGGAUCUCUGACGAUCCUACCGAGGAGCAGAUUCGGCAGAUGCACGAGAUGCUCGAGAGCUGCCAGGCGGCUCAGUAA